GGUGAACAGAGAGAGGAGGGAGACAGAGAGAGAGGGAGAACACUCAGUCCAACACUCAGCAGCAUCAUGGCACCUAUCGGAUUAAAGGCGGUGGUCGGCGAAAAGAUUAUGAAUGAUGUAAUCAAGAAGGUGAAGAAGAAGGGAGAAUGGAAGGCACUGAUCGUGGACCAGCUGAGCAUGAGGAUGUUGUCGUCCUGCUGCAAGAUGACAGACAUCAUGACAGAGGGCAUCACCAUCGUGGAGGACAUCCUGAAGCGACGAGAGCCUCUUCCAAGCCUGGAGGCCAUUUACCUGAUUACACCCACAGAGAAGUCUGUCCACACCCUCAUCGGAGACUUCAAAGACCCUCAUUCAGCUAAAUACAAGGCAGCCCAUGUUUUCUUCACUGACUCCUGCCCUGAUCCUCUCUUCAACGAGCUGGUGAAGAGCCGCGCUUCCAAAACCAUCAAGACUCUGACGGAGAUCAACAUCGCCUUCUUGCCCUACGAGUCUCAGGUGUACUCUCUGGACAAUCCAGAUGCCUUCCACAGUUUCUACAGCCCCCAUAAGACCCAGCUGAAGAACCAGGUGAUGGAGAGGCUGGCUGAGCAGCUGGCCACGCUCUGUGCCACCCUGAAGGAGUACCCUGCUGUCAGAUACCGAGGCGAGUACAAGGACAACGCCACCCUGGCCCAGCUGGUUCAGGACAAACUGGACGCGUACAAGGCUGAUGACCCCACUAUGGGAGAGGGUCCAGACAAGGCUCGCUCACAGCUGAUCAUCUUGGACCGGGCGUUUGACCCCGUCUCUCCUGUCCUGCAUGAGCUCACCUUCCAGGCCAUGGGCUACGACCUGCUGCCCAUCGAAAACGACGUCUACAAGUAUGAGACCAGUGGCAUCGGAGAUUCUCGUGAGAAGGAGGUUCUGCUGCAUGAAGACGAUGACCUGUGGGUGAGCCUGAGACACAAACACAUAGCUGAGGUUUCCCAGGAAGUGACCCGUCAGCUGAAGGACUUUUCUGCCAGCAAGAGGAUGAACACUUCUGAGGAGAAGACCACUAUGAGGGAUCUGUCCCAGAUGCUGAAGAAGAUGCCUCAGUACCAAAAGGAGCUCAGCAAGUACUCCACCCAUCUGCAGCUGGCUGAGGACUGCAUGAAGCAUUACCAGGGAACAGUGGACAAGCUGUGCCGUGUGGAACAGGAUCUGGCAAUGGGCACGGACGCUGAGGGAGAGAAGAUCAAAGACCCCAUGAGGGCUAUCGUGCCCAUCCUACUGGACGCCAACGUCACCACGUACGACAAGAUCCGCAUCAUCCUGCUCUACAUUUUCCUCAAGAAUGGCAUUACGGAGGAGAACCUGAACAAGCUGAUCCAACACGCUCAGAUUCCCCCUGAGGACAGUGAGAUCAUCACCAACAUGGCUCACCUGGGCGUCCCCAUCGUCACAGAUUCCACCCUCCGCCGAGGAAAGAAGCUGGACAGGAAGGAGCGUGUGAGCGAGCAGACCUAUCAGCUGUCCCGCUGGACACCAUUGGUCAAGGACAUCAUGGAGGAUGCUAUUGAGGAUAAGCUGGACACCAAGCACUACCCCUACAUCUCUACCCGCUCCUCUGCCUCCUUCAGCACCACUGCAGUCAGUGCUCGGUACGGCCACUGGCACAAGAAUAAGACUCCUGGAGAGUACCGCACUGGGCCACGUGUCAUGGUCUUCAUCAUCGGCGGAGCGUCCUUCAGCGAGAUGCGCUGCGCUUAUGAGGUCACACAGGCCAAUGGGAAGUGGGAGGCCGUCAUUGGAUCGACCCACAUCUUCACCCCCACCAGCCUGCUGGAGCAGCUCAAGGCCAUGAACAAACCAGACGAGGAAGUUACAAGCUAAAAUCCUCCAAUCACAUCUCUCUCCUCUUUACAUUAACCCUUCUACCCAUCCUACCUCUGUAUCCUUCCCUACAUUGUGUAUGCAUCCUGCUUGAGAAGAAAAAGACCUCUAAGAUGAUAAAAAAAAAUAUAUAUGAUGUAUCAAAGAAUAACAUUGUUGCAAGUAUUCCCACGUUUUACAAUGGAUGCAACUAAAUGAACUCAUUUAAACGGGUUUAAAUAUCUGAACAGAAGGCCAUUUAAAGUACCAAAAUGUAAUAUUGUACGCUGUGACACCUGUGCAAAAAGGUAGACAUUUUCUCUUGUUUGUUCCUUUGGGUUUCCUACUUGUUUGAGAGGUUGAUCUUGUAAAAUAUAUCAUAUCGGUCAACAUGCAAUACAUAUAAAAAAUAUAUUCAUCAGAGGAGUUCCCCCUGCCCGUUUGAGAUGUUCGUAUACAGUAGCAUGCUUGGACUUGUGUGGACUGUUGAUGUGUUUGUAUCCAUUGUGGACAUUCUGGAAGCCGCAGAGUUUAGCACUUAGCUUUUUCCCUACGAUGUUGAGCUUGAAUACUUCACCCAAAACCUUUGUUUUGAGUAUCGCUUUGAAACCACUCCUGACGCGUUACACUCAACGGUGCAUCUGUAAACACCGCUGCCUGCUCAUUAGGUAAAUCUAAUGCAUUCUACUCAUUAACUUAGUCUAAUGUAACUUAUAGAAAUAGGGUGGAUAGAAUAUUAACAGUUUGUAAUAUUGUAUUACGAAUAUCCGUGCUGGGGAGUGGUUAAGAUACUUAAUUGAAAAAAAAAAAAAAAAGUUUGCUAAUGAGCAAGCUACGCACGUUGACACGCCUACCGAGACUAGCAAAGAGUGUCCGGUUGGGUGACUCAUACUCGAAGCAUACAUUUUUGUUGAAGUAUUUGUAUAAAACAACGCUUGGAGCAUUGGGCAGAGAAACCGCUCUGUAAAAAGCCAGAAUAUCCCUCCUCUGCCUGCAGAGACUAAAGUAUUUACUUGCCACAACCUUUUCCUUUCUCCGGAGAAACUUCACGUUUUAAUGUCGAAAUGCUUGCUGAUAUUUAAUGAAUCUUAAAAAGGGCCAGUUGUAUUUCAGUAUUGUAUCCUGUCAGAUUAAGUCUUAUCAUUGGUUAGUGAUGUUUCAUUGGGCCAUGCACUGAGUCGUGUUGUGUAUUUGUCAUAUGUUGCUGUUUUAGCGUCUCACUGUUGACUGGCAAUAUUUCUGACUGUGACGUAGUGAAACUUUUCCUUUAAAACAUGUCGAUGUGAAGCCGCUGUGUUUGACGUUUUAGCUGUUAAUGGUCAACUGGGAAAAUAAUUAAUAUCUAUACUUUCUUUGCCUGUUUCCUCCUCUGGUGCAAUGUAAACUCUUCAAUUGUGAAUGGCUUUGCAAAGAAUAACUUACAUCCACCCUUUCCUGGCCAAACGAGUUGUAUAUUGCACUAUAAUGCGUUUCUGUGAUGCAAACGCUUGACUGUGUUCAUUUUUUUAAAUUAUAAUUUGCUGUUGUAUAGAGUUUACUGUCGAUUUAUAUCAAAAUUAUUUAUCAGAGGAAAAAAUAAUAGUGAUGCAUUGGUCUGUCCUAAAACUGUUUAACUUAUUGGGAUUGUAUGUUUGCGAGUGUUGAAGCACAAACAGUACUUAAUAUGUACUAAGGCUGUCUAAUAAAUUGGCUUCCAUUACA